CCCCGUGUAAGAGUGAGGUGGAGGAGAACGUUCCAGGAGAUGUCACCACAGAAAAUCCCUCUGAGGAAAACUUCAUGUUAUCACUGAAUUAUAAAGCAGAAGAUGAAGAUAUCAUGCAGUGCUCUUCAGGAGAAAACUUCAUUACCCUUAAUGUAUAUCCAGGACAUCACAGUACAGAUCUGUCAUAUAAUCCCCCUAAUCACGAUGAACCUUCUCCUUACCAAUCACAGUUUGCUACCACAAGUACAGGUCAGAAAGGGGGUGGAAUGUUUCACUGUGUUAAAGAGUUCACAAAAAGCUUAGGUCUUUCUACACACAGAAGAAUUCACACAGGGGAGAAGCCAUACUCCUGCCCAGAAUGUGGGAAAUGUUUUACAGAUAAAUCACAGCUUGUUAUACAUAAAAGAAGACACACAGGAGAGAAGCCGUAUUCAUGUUCAGAAUGUGGAAAGUGCUUUACAGAAAAAUCAUAUCUUGUUAUACAUGAAAGGAGACACACAGGGGAGAAACCGUAUUCAUGUUCAGAAUGUGGGAAGCGUUUUACAGAAAAAUCAACUCUUGUUAGACAUGAGAGAAUUCACACAGGAGAGAAGCCAUAUUCAUGCCCGAAAUGUGGGAAAUAUUUCACGCGAAAAUCAUAUCUUGUUAUCCAUGAGAGAACUCACACAGGAGAGAAACCGUAUUCAUGUUUGAAAUGUGGGAAGUAUUUUACACGAAAAUCAUAUCUUGUUACACAUGAGAGAAGUCACACAGGAGAGAAGCCGUAUUCAUGUUCUAAAUGUGGGAAAUAUUUUACGCGAAAAUCAUAUCUUGUUACACAUGAGAGAAUUCACACAGGAGAGAAGCCGUAUUCAUGUUCAGAAUGUGGGAAAUGUUUUACACAAAAAUCACAUCUUGUUAUACACAAGAGAACACACACAGGAGAAAAUCCAUAUUCAUGCCCUGAAUGUGGAAAAUAUUUGACAAAUAAAUCACACCUUGCUGCACAUCAGAGAAUUCACACAGGAGAGAAGCCAUUUUCAUGUUCAGAAUGUGGGAAAUGUUUUAGACAAAAAUCAGAUCUUGUUACACAUCAUAGAAGUCACACAGGAGAGAAGCCAUAUUCAUGUUCAGAAUGUGGGAAAUGUUUUACACAAAAAUCACAUCUUGUUAUACACAAGAGAACACACACAGGAGAAAAUCCAUAUUCAUGCCCUGAAUGUGGAAAAUAUUUGACAAAUAAAUCACACCUUGCUGCACAUCAGAGAAUUCACACAGGAGAGAAGCCAUUUUCAUGUUCAGAAUGUGGGAAAUGUUUUACACAAAAAUCUGAUAUUGUUAGACAUGAGAGAAAUCACACAGGAGAGAAGCCAUAUUCAUGUUCAGAAUGUGGGAAAUGUUUCAUUACUAAAGCCACACUUAGGGCUCAUCAUAGAAGUCACACAGAGGAGAAAACAUUUUGAUGUUCAACAUGUGGGAAGUUCUUUAUUAAUAAAUCAAAUCUUACAUGUGAGAAAAGUCACAAAGGAGACUGUAUUCAUAUUCAAAAUGUGGGAAAUCUUUUGUACAGAAAUCAAAACUUGUUUAACAACAGAGAAAUCACACAGAAGAGAACCUAUAUUAAUAUUCUGAAUGUGGGAAAUAUUUUCUUAGUAAAGCUGAUCUUAAAGAUCAUCAAAGAAUUUACACAGGAAGAAGCCGUGUUCAUGUUCAUAAUGUGAAAAAAUGUCUUAUUACUAAAGCCCAAAUUAGGGAUCAUCAGAUAAUUCACACAGGAACAAAGCUGUUUUCAUGUUAAGAAUGAGAGAAUUUUUUUUACUGAAGCUAAAUUUGGGUAUCCUCAGAGAAGUCACACAGCAGAGAAGCCAUUUUAAUGUCCUAUAUGUAGAAAAUGUCUACAGGAAAGUCAAACUUUGAAACUUACACAGAAUUCACAUUGUCAGACCUUACACUGGUGCAGUGGUGCCUGGGUUUCUCCCUAUGCAGGACCAGGUUCGUCCUUAGCCAGUUCCUGAUGACAAAGGCAUUGAUGCCAUUGACUGGCCCUCAAAAUCCUUAGACCUGAGUCCAAUUGAGAAUGUCUGGGACAUUUUGUAUCAGUGCAUUUGAUGCUGCCAUCUAGCGCCACGGACUAGUAGUUCACUGAUGCAUUAUUCUCAGUUUAGGAGGAGAUCCCCAGGACAUCAUCUGCUGUCUCAUCAAGAUAAUGCUCAGAUGUUGUCAGGAAUGCAUAUAGGCAAAUGGGGGAAUACAUGCUACUAAGUCACAUUAUGAGUUGUCGUGAUGAAAUUCAAGUAAAUUAGAUCUGCCUAUGAUUUUUAUUUUUUACAUAUGAUUUAAAUCUGGCCCUCAAAUGAUUUAUGAUUUUGGUUUCCAUUGACUCAUUGACAAAAAAAAUAACACACCGAGAAGGAAUCCUUGUAAUGAAACUGGGCAGGGGAGGGGUGGUAGUGAACUCUAGCUGGUAACCAGAGUGGAUUAUGUUGAGGUCUCUGCUGUCAUGGUACCUUCUGUGACAGAGGUUAGAAGAUCUGAGAGACUGACUGCACGUGAGGUUAACUGACAGUCUCUUAAUUCUCAGUGUUGUUGUUUGGUAAUGACCACACCUCUUGUC